GGGCCCCGCCUCCGCCCCGCCCCGCCCCCUUCCUCCAGCCCGCCCCCUCCCGCCCGGGCCGAGAGAGACGCGGACGGAGCGCCGCCGCUGCUGCCACCGCUAUCCGCCUGCUCCUAGCCGUCUCGGCUGCCCGCCCGCCCGUCCGCGUCCAUGGCUCUGUGCAACGGAGACUCCAAGUUGGAAAAUGCUGGAGGAGACCUUCAGGAUGGCCGACACCAUUAUGAGGGCGCCGUCGUCAUUCUGGAUGCUGGUGCCCAGUAUGGGAAAGUCAUCGACAGGAGAGUGAGGGAGCUCUUCGUACAGUCUGAGAUCUUCCCUUUGGAGACACCAGCUUUCGCCAUCAAAGAGCAGGGAUUCCGAGCCAUCAUCAUCUCUGGAGGACCAAACUCCGUGUAUGCAGAAGAUGCUCCCUGGUUUGAUCCAGCAAUCUUCACCAUUGGCAAGCCAGUUCUUGGAAUUUGCUAUGGCAUGCAGAUGAUGAACAAAGUUUUUGGCGGUACUGUGCACAAAAAAAACGUCCGGGAGGAUGGAGUCUUCAACAUUAAUGUGGACAACACCUGCUCAUUAUUCAGGGGUCUUCAGAAGGAAGAGAUUGUGUUGCUCACACAUGGAGACAGUGUAGACAAAGUAGCUGAAGGAUUCAAGGUUGUGGCCCAGUCUGGGAACAUCGUAGCAGGCAUAGCAAAUGAAUCUAAAAAGCUUUAUGGAGUACAAUUCCACCCUGAGGUUGGCCUUACGGAAAAUGGGAAAGCAAUAUUGAAGAAUUUCCUUUAUGAUAUUGCUGGCUGCAGUGGGACCUUUACAGUGCAGAACAGAGAACUCGAGUGCAUUCGGGAGAUUAAGGAACGAGUAGGAACUUCAAAGGUUCUGGUUUUGCUCAGUGGUGGUGUGGACUCCACAGUGUGCACCGCUUUGUUGAAUCGGGCGUUGGACCAAGAUCAAGUCAUUGCUGUGCAUAUUGAUAAUGGUUUCAUGAGGAAGAGGGAGAGCCAAUCUGUGGAAGAAGCGCUCAGAAAACUUGGGAUUCAGGUCAAAGUGGUAAAUGCUGCUCAUUCUUUCUACAAUGGUACAACAACUUUACCAAUAUCUGAUGAGGACAGGACUCCCCGAAAAAGGAUCAGCAAGACAUUAAACAUGACCACAAGUCCAGAGGAAAAAAGAAAAAUUAUUGGUGACACCUUUGUUAAGAUCGCCAAUGAAGUGAUUGGAGAAAUGAACCUGAGGCCAGAGGAGGUCUUCCUUGCCCAGGGCACACUCAGGCCUGAUCUGAUUGAAAGCGCAUCCCUUGUUGCCAGCGGCAAAGCGGAAGUCAUCAAGACUCACCACAACGACACAGAACUCAUCCGGAAGCUGAGGGAGGAGGGAAAAGUAAUAGAACCUCUGAAAGACUUCCAUAAAGAUGAAGUAAGAAUUUUAGGCAGAGAACUUGGGCUCCCUGAAGAACUGGUCUCUAGGCAUCCUUUCCCAGGUCCAGGACUGGCAAUAAGAGUAAUAUGUGCUGAAGAGCCUUAUGUAUGUAAAGACUUUCCUGAAACCAACAACAUUUUGAAAAUAGUUGCUGACUUUUCUGCCAGUGUUAAGAAGCCCCACACGCUGUUACAGAGAGUCAAAGCUUGUACGACAGAGGAGGACCAGGAGAAGCUCAUGCAGAUCACCAGCCUGCACUCUCUGAACGCCUUCCUGCUGCCAAUUAAGACUGUCGGUGUGCAGGGGGACUGCCGCUCCUACAGCUAUGUCUGUGGCAUCUCCAGCAAGGAGGACCCGGACUGGGAAUCCCUGAUGUUUCUCGCGAGGCUGAUCCCACGCAUGUGUCACAACAUCAACAGGGUCGUCUAUGUCUUUGGGCCCCCCGUCAAGGAGCCCCCCACGGAUGUCACGCCCACCUUCCUGACUACCGGAGUGCUGAGCACGCUGCGGCAGGCUGACUUCGAGGCUCACAGCAUCCUCAGGGAGUCUGGCUACGCCGGGAAGAUCAGCCAGAUGCCCGUGAUCCUGACCCCGCUGCAUUUUGACCGGGACCCCCUUCAGAAGCAGCCGUCCUGCCAGCGGUCGGUGGUCAUCCGGACCUUCAUCACGAGCGACUUCAUGACGGGAAUCGCGGCGACCCCCGGCAAUGAGAUUCCCGUGGAGGCCGUGCUGAAGAUGGUCACCGAGAUCAAGAAGAUCCCGGGCAUCUCUCGGGUCAUGUACGACUUGACGUCGAAGCCCCCCGGCACGACGGAGUGGGAGUAAGCGGCUUCCUUGGGACCUGAGCGCUGUGUGCCUGCCACUUCCGCGACCAGAGACAUUCCCAGGCCGACACACAGCCUCUCCCGGAGCGUCGGCCGCCUGGGGGAGCCGCGGGUGGCCACGGCGGGCUGAGGAUCGUACGGGUAACCCGCCGGGCGCCGCGGCCCGCGCUCAGACACACUCAUCCGACUCUUGCCUUUGUGUUCACGCAUUCGUUCUGUUCCGUGUCUUACUGUUGCCGUCACUGAGCUGCCUCUCUGUCCUCUAAAGGGCCCACACGGGGCCCGUCCGGAGCGUCUGGGACCGACUGACUGAUCCUUCGAUCCAGGCCGGGGGCGCCGCCCCGCCGUGUUCCCUUCUCCGGCCACUCGCCCAUCCAGCCGGCUCGCGCAUGGGAGGAUUGGGGAGCGGCGGGGGCAGGGGGUCCUGACUCCGGUUGUGGCGGCGUUUCCAGCCUCUGGGCCCUGUCUUCUCCCUCACAGCUUGCCCUUGUCUCCGUUCCACAGGCCAGCAUCGGGCCUCUCACUUUUUAAUGCUCACUUUUCCCCCUAAGAAUAAAAGGAGAAAGCAGUUUGUCUCCCGCUUUCUUGUCUCUGAGUCAGGGAUGCGGACAGUGAAGGAGCGAGGCGGGGCCGUGUUCCUGGGCCGGGUCUCCCUCUCUGCGUAGGGCGGAGGCACCAGCCCAGACGGGCCCUCCAGCGUGUCCCCCGAUGCAGACUGGGGGAAGCCUAGGCAAGGGUCGCCUGACCUCGGGGAGAGCGGCUUCAUGGGGGGUUCUCGGGCUGAGGCCCGCUGACUGCCGGCGGAUGAUGGAGGACGCCGGACCUGCCCCGUGUACACUUCUCGACAACCCAACGACCUAAAGCUAGGCAAGAGAAAUUCGUUAGGACUUCCCUGAAUAAUGCUAGUGGCCGCCUUGGGGCUCUCGGCGGCGCCCUUUGCUCUACCAAAAUACAGCCCAAUGGUUUCGCAGGGCCCCGACCAACGGGGUCACAGGCUGAGUUGCCACGUCUUCGAUGGCCCAAUCGUCGUCCCCAGAUGAUCGCCACAACUAAAGAUGGCGAGGUGUCGCCCAAAGAAGAAACGAAGAAUGCUGGAGACGUCGGGGGGCUCCGCUCUUUUCCUCCCCCUCCCCCUCCCCAGUGUCAGCCCUUUUCAUUGGUCUCUUCAAGGGAAAGCUGCAGCCUAACCACCAAGAGGACCCCUGAAGGAACCUAGGCUUGAUCUUUGGCUUGGCUAUGGAGAUGGGCCUCAUUCCCAUCCCUUCGGUCAUGGCGAGGGCCACCGUGUCCUUCCACUGGACGUGUAGAGAAGGGAUGUUGGCAAUGGGAAAGGCUGAUGGACUGACAUUUCAAGAUGGCGAGGGGGCCCCGGGGCAGGAGUGCUCGCUGGCUCUCGAGUCCGAGCAUCUCUGUUGGAGGCCUGGCUUGGCUGCGGGAUCGUGGGCAGCUCCUCCCUCCGGGCCAAACGUUUGUGAAGCCCAUUUUAGCCCUUCCGUUUGAUCGCAGUAUUGCUUUUAAUUUGGUGAAAUGAGAAAUGGUUGGAGGCCACACAAAAGCUCAGGAGAAUCUCCCCAUCCCGUCUAGCUCCAACGCCGUACCGUAGGAGAAGCCCUGCCGGUGCUGGGCCCACCUCCAAAGAGUUAGCCCCGAGGCCUGGGGCUCCCUGACGCUGGGUUUAUAGGCCCUUGUUCGGAGCGCUGAAAGAAAACGAGCCCAGAGUCCCAUCCCUUUGUUUUACAGAUGACCAAACAGACCUGGGCUCUGCUUCCUGGGCCUUCUGUCUCCUUCCCUGACCACCGUUGCUCUGCCCUCUUCAGGGUAAGACUUGAAUGUUGUCAAGGGUCUGGGGAGUCUCUCUGUUCCCUCAAGCCCCAAGAACUCGGUCCCAAAGCUCUUACCCAGACGCCCCCCGUCAUCCGACCCAGGCAGAGUGUGUAUGUGGAUGCCUUUAGAGACUAGAGGACGCAACGGUAAAGUGUGCUUUUUGUGAGGCGCUUUAUUUACAUUGACUAAGUCCAUUGUUACAGUUUCAUAAUGGAAAAUGGAAAAAAAAAUGUGACCAACUGCUUUUGAACAGAUUUGUGAUAAAUAAAUAUUUUGCCAAAUGGAAUAGUGUAGUAGAUCGUGUCGAAUUGUGGAAAUACUCUGUAUUUGUUGGUUGCGCGCUGUUCAUCUGUCCCGUGUUGUUCAGGCAAUAAUGUUGACAUCACAGUAACCUGGCUAAAAUAAUGUGAAACGACCCUCAUCUUUCUCUCGCUGCCUUUUCUCCUCGGUUUCCUGGAAUCGGCGCCAGAACCGUUUCUACGUGAGACGUUCGUCCUCUUCCAUGAGCUUUGGUGUCUGUGCUCAGGUGGGAGAAAGAAAGCAAAAGCAGGUGCUUGAGCCUGAAAACCCAGGAAUCGCGUCAUCCCAUGGCAGUCCGAGAUUCGCUUCAGUUCAUCCAUCGUGUGCAUAUGUUCUCUCAUCAGAUCCUUAAAAUGCCCCCACGAGGUAGCCAGCGCCAUUGGGCAGCUGGUGGUGGGACUGGGAUUGCUCCUUGUCCUGCCCAGGACGAUGUUGGCCUUUUCUCCAGAAUGUGAAUAUUGGACCCCAAGUCGGGUGGUUUUUAUCCCCAUCCAUCACCAGCGAAGGACGUCGACUCUUCCUUUCGUUUUUCUUUGACUCCAUGAACAAGAAGCCUUCAGAUACAUAUGCAAACCCGCCCUGACCUCUUGCCCAUGCCUUUUGCUAUUGGGCCAGAUUUGGUUUCACAGAAGCAUCUCGAAGACGUCUUUGUCUUCAUUAAUUCGAUUUCAAGGUGGCUGUCUUCAUGGUUGGUGGUGGUGACCCACCAGAAAGAAGGGUUUUGAUGGCGAUUCCUCGCUGCCCUGGUCAUUACCCAAGUCGAUAACGCCAUCCGGAAAAGAGCAUCAUCCGUCCCGGCGGCCACACUCCUCUGGUACGUUUCCUUGAGGCCAAAGGCCCGGUGCCUUCAACUACCCGAGAAGUUUGGGUGUUUGGCCAGAACUGUCCUGGGUGCGGCGUUCGGCUUCACGGGAGUGCUCAGUGCCGAGCAGAUAUUUGUCCAGUCACCCAACACUUGAAAAAAGGAAUUUCUCCCCAGAUAUCUUGGAUCCCUUCAUAGGUAGAACUUCUUUCGUCACUCUUCCAGAUUUCCCCCCUCAAUUCUCGGCCAAUUUUGCAAAAAGCCAUAUUUCCUCUCAGUUGUGUCCCUCCGCUUAUGGCAGCUUACUGGUAGGCUCUUGGUUCUGUUGGUUAUGUAGCCGAUUAGAGGAGAAGCAACUCGGAACCACCAUUCCCCGUUUGCUUCAUUUUAUCGGAAGGAUGAAUCCGAUAUUCCCACCUGCCGUGUUCGUGCUUCAAUCAUGCGGGAUUGUGUUAGAAGUGUGUGGAGUAAGUGCCGUGAGAACGAUGCCUUUGUGUGAUGAGAUCCAUGAUCCUGUGCUGAUCCAGGAAGCGCCCCUUCUGGGGCUCCUGGCCCAAUUAUGCUACAAAUAGUCGUAUUGGUUUUCAGUAGGAAAAAUGUCGAAUGGAUGUUGAAUUUAAAGUGAGUAAGAAUUAGAACAUGGCAGGAUACAUGCCUCCCCUGGGUUCUUCGAGGAACCUCUUAGGCUCGACUGUGUCAUCAGAGCCCCAGAAUGGAAGGCUUUCUAUGGUGCUGACCGUUUAUUUUUAAACUGGGGACAAACCCCACGUGCCAGGAAUUGUUUAGAUGCGUGGCUCCCAGAGGGGUACAAACAGGCCUCUGGGAUGCUUGAUGGUCCUUGGGAAAGACGUGGAAUUUUGCCACCACCAAUAGCCAGAAGCGAUUAGAUAAACAGGAGAAGACUUAGGGGGGAGAUCGGGGAGAAAUUCACUUGAAAAAACCGCAGCGAACACAGUGAGCUUCCUCUUAUUGUCAGCUCCCUCUAAUGAUAAGGAAUGAGGGAGAGGCUUAACGCUUCACCACCAAAGGAGGAAAAUGUUCUUUAAACUGCUUAAUUUCCACGUUGCUUUUAAAGGCCAGUCUUGGAAAGCACUUGAUUCAUUUGCUUAAGCCUUCUUUCCCCUCUUGAGGCAUUACUCAGAAAGCAGCAGAGGGGAUCCCAGCAGGAGAGAAUGGGUUUUCCCAUUAGAUUGUAGGGGCGGCGUGAUGGCCAUCUAUAGACACUCUUGGCCACGUGCACGGAAUGUGUGUAUCCAUUCACUCACGUGCCGAGUUGUCCCGAUUCCUGUAGAGGUCUGUAGCACGCUCGCGCUUUCUAGAAAGAUCUCUGCUAGAGAAGGCCGGCCAUCCUUUCUUCUGCUGGGUGUAGAAGCUUCGAGAUCUCACGUACAGAACUGUUGCUCUAUUUAAAGAUCCCCUUGGGGCACGUAUGGGAAAUCGGCGUGUACUGUACGUCUGGGGAAAUGCUGGCCAGCUUUUUAAACCUUUAGUAUCCCAGCCCGCCUUGAAUGUGUUUCAUGGAGUUGACAGUCUCGUUCUUUUUUUGUGCAGAGAGGAAGCCAAUGCGUUUACCUGUUCAUUUUAAAAGGAAUUUAGCUGAAAGUCUACUAUAAAGGAGCAUAGCUGCCUUGGACACUAUGCUCAUUUCAAGUCUUCAGUCAAGUCAUUUGUCCGCAUUAUUUAAAACAAAUUUGUACUGGGCUUAUUCUCAUUUUAAAAAAUCCUGCUUGUGAAACAAUAUAAAGUACUGUGAGCCUUAAUUUUUAUCCACAAAUAAAAAAGAAAUUAAAUUAUGUUAACAGAA